AUGCGUUCUCCAGACCACACCUGCAACGCCCGAAAUUGCUCUGAACUCGGCCGCGGAAACGGGAGAAACGACGGAUACGGCCAUAACGAAUACGAAACGCCGCUUCUAGGUGAGAAGGUUCUGUAUAGUAGGGAGGGGAGGCAUCGGGUUGGUGGCGAUAGAGCGAUGUUGUAUCCGCGACGGGGUUCGACGAGGGGGUUGGUGGAGGGGUUGAUAAGGGAGGGGGGUAAGGGGAUGGGUAUGGGAGGGUUGGGGGGCGAUAUGAGAGGGGGAAUUGGAAGGAUGGGGGGUUUAGGAGGGGGAAUGGGAGGUGGACUCGGUGGAGGGCUUGGUGGAGGGCUCGGAGGAUUAGGAGGUGGAUUAGGAGGAGAAAGACUUGGAGGCAGAGACCUUGCAGGUAGUCCAUUCGAUAGACGCCAACUAGGAGGUGGUCACUCACCCUUCCCCUCCUCCGACUUCCCACCGCGUCCAAAAGCAGUAUUCCCUCGCCAAGACUACGACUACGACAUGAUGUCCGGUGGCUAUCCCUCUAGUCCUCGUCAAAACCACCUGUCCCCCCAUCUAAAUCACCUGUCUCCUCGUCAAAACCAUCUCUCUCCACAUCCACACCAUCACGACUCACCAUACGCCGAAUUCCACAGCCCGCUCCGUCAGCACUCCGCCUCCGCAUCUUCGGUGUUCGAUCCCAGACGCAUGGAUCGCGCGCAUAUGCCGUAUGGACCGGGCGGCGGGAUGGGAAUGGGAAUGGGAAUGGGGAAUUAUCGGGCGCCGUACGUGGAGGAUUAUGAGAGUGAGGUGGAUGCGUAUGAGAGGGCGUUGCAGCAGCAGGAGAUGGGGUGGUUUGAGGGGGAGGGGAUGGGGAUGGGGUAUGGUGGUGGUGGUGGGUUGAGGUAG